GCUGUGAGAUUUUGAAUUAUUUUACACUUUCAGAGGUCAAACGCAAACAUGUGCUUUCUUGGGUUUAUACACAGCAAGCAGGUACAAUAUACAUGUACAAUGACAGUGUUACAUUUUCAAAACAUAGUUGUAAGAAUGCCAAAUGAUUUCCACAUAUUAUAAUAAAGUUUGUGUAGUUGUGAUUGGUUUGUAAAAGGUGUUUUUACUGUUAGCACUUGGUAACUGCUUUACAAAUAGACAUGACGUAGAAGUUCAAUUUCAUACUCUAUAAUAGGGUGCACUUUCAGUAAUUUAAAUGAAGCUUCUAUUUGCUUUAGUUCAAGCAAAAAAUUUAAAAUAAAAGUGUUUUACUGUUUACAGUGUAUAGUUACAAUGUACUGUGAAUGGAAACGUUGCUGUUAAAUAGCUAACACAUUAAAGAUGCUAUGUUAAGUUGAAUCAGUAGCUUAAGUCAUCCUAAUGUCCUCCAGCUCCGUUUAUUUGCUUUCUUUGUGUUGAAGGGGUGAUGUCCAACUAGCCUGUGUUUUUGUAUUUGUGACAGUCCAAGUGCACACAAAGGCCUUUUUCAUAGCAUGUAUGUCUGUUUGCCUGCACUAUGCGAUUAGACAGUGACCAUUGGACUGAGGGGGGAAUAACGUUAACUAGAAGCCGAUAGUCAGAGUAACAGGAUUAGAGGAAUAGUGGAACAGCUCAGUGAUACAAAAAAAUCAGUCUGUGCCAGGCUGGUUUAGUGUGGACCAGAAGGAGUGGGGGGAGGUUAACCAAACACAAAAAAACACUGGAGCAGACUGAAGCAUCCUCAAAUCUCUCGUUACAUCUGGAUGGAUAGUCUGGCAGCAUCUUUGCGAGUCGGUAAAAGAAGACUGGGUUUUUUGGGGGUAUUUUUGUUUGCUUGUUUUUUUUGUUUUACCUCUUUUAACAGUCAGUUAUAGGUGCUUUCUGUUCUCUACGAUUCUCAUCACUCUUUGGAGUUUAGUGUCGUAUUUUUGUGGUGAAGUGAGAUUAGAAAAGCUUGUCAGUUUGGAGUAAAUCUGCAAAAGUGUGAAGGGCUGAUUUGAAACCAAACGGAAAAAAAACGUUUCCAGAAGAUCAGCUAAAUGGGAUUGGCUACUUCAGUUAUGGAAGCGGGUGAGUAAAAGGCAUUUACCCUCCCCAGCAUCGGCUUUUAAAAGAUGAAUGUUGAAACGUUGGAUUGUGAAACGGCGUGCAUAUUUAUCAGUAUGUUAUCAGUGGACAUUUAAUUUUAAGUGGUAUGGCUUUACCUCCAUGUGUAUUUCCCCUAAUAGGUCAUUUUAUUCAGAUAUGACAGUUAGGAGGAAGUGAAAGUGAGAAAGAGAGGUUUGGGGAUAGGAAGCGAUUCUGUUUGGUUGUGUGCUUUGUAGCAUGUAUGUGUACUUCAGUUAAAUUUAGUGUGUGUCUUUUUAUCUUUGCCUCUGAAUAGGCUGUGCUGUCAGAGUCCCCUACCCUCCCCUCCUCAUGUAUUGUUGCUCAAGCUGAUUGGGUUACACCAUUGCACCAGCUCCCCCCUUUCCUCCCAACACACACACACACACACACACACACACACACACACACACACACACACACACACACACACACACACACACACACACAGUGUCCAAACAGACCACACUAAGUGUACACUGCAGCAAUCAUUAGCCAACCACGCUCUAAUUCUUUUGUAAGUAUCACUUUCUCAUCCAUACACUUUGAGUAAUGGAGCUGGUGAAAUGCUUUCAGUUUGGGUCAGCUUUGUAUUUAUCUAAUAUUUUACCUUGCACUUGAUUGCCAGCAGCUCAUCGAAGAGCUGUCCAGUCAGUGAAAUCUCUUCAACUCUCAAGUCUGUGAAAUGAGAAAGGGUUUGGUGUUGUACUGUUAGGCCAACAGAAAUCCUGGAACACAUUCAGCAGUUAGUUUGAACCUAGCGGUUAAAUAAAAUUAUUAUUGGAGUUCUUUACUUUGCAGAAGUGACUAAUGUAAGUGAUUCUCAGAUGACUUAUGUUCACACUAACUCACUCCUUACAUGAGUGGGAUAGAGGAAGUUUUCUGAGUUCAUCAGAAUUGGAAUAACUGUUGCUGUUUAUAUUGUUUUGUCUCUUUUUAAAACUGUUUGUUUUAACACCAGAAGGCCCUGAAAGAAAGCAAAGAGGCACAUCGAGGGGAGAAAGCUAAAGAGGCUGGUCUUCAUGCGCCCACUGCCCAUGAUUCCAGUUACUUUGAGAUCCCCACCAAGGAGGGUCACAUGGCCAGUAACGGCAUCCAUGAGAUUCCUACCAAGGACACUGAGGGCACAGCCAGUCACAUCACUACAGCUCAAGGUCACGCCUCCUUUACCAUAGAGUUUGACAACACGUCUCCAGGGAAAGUCACCAUUAAAGACCACGUGUCAAAGUUCACACCCGAUCACCACAGAUCUCGCUCCAAGAAGAGUGGAGCAGGAAGUGGAGGCGCAGGAGGAAGGGACUUGAGUACCCUACAGGCUGCUAUGAUGGCAUCUGAGAGCAAAGUAGCUGAUUGGCUAGCCCAGAAUGACCCCACUCUUGUGCGCAGCGAGUCGACAGAGGAUGACAGCAAGAGCAGCAAGAGCAUCAAGAGCGAUGUGCCAGUUCAUCUGAAAAGACUGAAAGGCAGCAAACAUGAGGAUGGCACCCAGAGCGACUCAGAGAAUGGGCUGGGGCUGCGUUUUGCCAACAGACGCCAUGCUUUAGAGGAACGCCUAAAAGCGUCACACAGCCACGUGGGAGCAGGAGGAUCUGGAGAAACAGGAGGGGGCAACAUAACAGUCAGUGGGACCAGAACAACUGGGACUCGUACUGCUUUUAUGAUUGAGUUCUAUGAUGAGGAAAAUCCUCGCAAGCGCCGGUCAUAUUCAUUUUCCCAGACCGCACCCCUGCUGGGAGCAGGAGUUGGUGGAGAGGGACUCUGUCCUCAGCCUCCUUCUCACCCCAAGGUGUUUAGCAUUUCCACCUCGGCCACAACAGCCUCAGACUCAGGUAAGGUCCCAGCCCCAAUACCAGCUACAGUGACUGUAGGUGCCCCUACAGCUGCCCGAGUGCUUCUUAAACAGAGGUCAGAGGACCCAAGUAUUGGUCGGAGCUCGGCCAGUACCGGGCUGGCGACAGGUAGCCCCACCACCCCCAGUGAGGACACAUCAAUUGUGGGCAGAGGUGCAAGUACAGCUGGUGUGGAGGCAGAAGACGACCACAGUGAUAAAGGUACCUACACCAUCGAACUGGAAAACAAGAACCCGGAGGAAGAGGAGGCCAGGCGAAUGAUAGACAAGGUGUUUGGUGUGCAGCAGAACAAAGACUCAUCGAUUCUGUCAGACCUGAAAGGAGAAGGAAAAGGAAAGGAGGCAGGACAGAGUGGAAAAGAGGCUCUCCCUGGUGAUUCUAGCUGGGUCUCUCAGUGGGCCAGCAUAGCAGCCAAUCACACAAGAACAGACCCAGAGGGUUCAGGAGCAGAAACAGGCAGCUUCCUGCACAAAGAGAGAGGUGCUAAUACUGUUGAGUCUGGUGCCUCCCUCAGCAGAGGCGAAUCCUCCUCCAGUCUGACUGACCGUAAGCGUAGGACCCUCCCUCAGCUCCCUGUGGAUGACUCCCGGGCUAAAUCCGCUACCCAGACUCUGAGGUCAGAGAUUGGGGAAAAGCAGGAUACUGAACCUCAGGAGAAAGAGAACAAGGGAGACGGGGAGUCCCCGACUCCCAUGGAGAACAGCGAAAUGACUAGUAAACGGAAACAAAGUUCCACCUCCUCUCCAUCUAAGGCUUCUCUCCGGACCUCUGGAAGCACUGAGAGGAGGAAGAAGUCAGAGGAGAGGAAAGGAGGAGGAGCAGGAGCAGGAGAAGGAAGCGAGAAGUCUGGAAAGCCUCUAGUCCGCCAGGGCAGUUUCACAAUUGAGAAGCCCAGUGCCAGCGUCCCUGCCGAGCUCAUCCCACGUAUAAACAGAGGCUGCAAUGGACGCGAACGCAGUGAUUCUGUAGGCAGCAUGGAUACUGCAACUCUCCUGAAGGACACUGAAGCUGUCAUGGCUUUCCUAGAGGCCAAACUAAGAGAUGAAAACAAACUAGAUCAGAAAAGUAGUAAAGCUGGCAUCACUGCUCAGGGUUCAAGUUCAGCCCUCCUCCCUCGGACUGACUCUAUCUCUCCUGAAUCAGAUGUGGACACAGCCAGCACAGCUAGUCAUGUGGCUGAAUCGGCAGAUAAGAAAGCAGCAGCCAGUGUACAAAAACGGCGUUCCCUCAGCAGCAUGCACCGGGAGAAAAGCAAUAUGAGCACAGCUUCCAAAACCAGCAUCACAAAUCCCAGUGCUCGUGAACGGUUGGAGAGAAAGACUAAAAGCAGGCCAGUUGAAGCAACGACCCGGACUGAUACACGUCGCUCUGUUCAGCCAUCUUCUGCCUCCUCCAGAGCACGGCAGCCCUCGGCAGAUCUCACUGAUGACGACCAGACUUCAUCCUUUCCCAUCUCCGACAUCCUCUCCUCAGACCAGGAGACCUACUCUGGACCUGUGGGGCACUCAACACACGGACGCGGCUCAGAUGAUGUCUUGCAAUCCAAACUUGAUAGGUCUGCAAAGACAUCUGCCAGUGGUUCUUCCAAAACCAGCCGGACUCUUCAUGCAGCCACAGCCUCCUCCUUGAGCAAGCAAGCCUCACUGCCUCAGCCGCGACCCACAAGAGCUUCUCUUCUCCGUCGUGCUCGACUGGGAGACACAUCUGACACGGAUCUAGCUGAUGCAGACAGGGUGUCUGUGGCUUCUGAGGUGUCCACCACCAGCUCCACCUCAAAACCGCCAUCAGGCCGGAAAGGGAUGUCACGACUGGAUCUGCUGGCGCAGCCACGAAGAAACCGUCUGGGCUCCAUCUCAGCCCGCAGUGACUCUGAGUGUACAGUGACCCGAAGCUCCACCUCUUCACCCCGGCUAUCAUCAGAGACUGCUCUGCGUCUGGGCUUGCGCUCAUCAACACCCACGGAGAACAAGCUGACACCCAGAAUGAGAGCCAACAGCGUGUCCAAACUGAAUGAAGCCAAAACCAAGACCACUACAGCGGGGUACUGCUCGCCAACAGAGAGCUUUCAACCCGAACCUCCAGGUGGUGAUACAGAGGAGGAGCUAAUGGUGUCCAGCAGCAGCAGGUGGAGACGUCUGCCACCAGAGUACGGUUCCACCUCGGAGGAAGAGUUCGGCUCCAAUCGCAAUUCUCCGAAACGGCCCCACGUGCGGCCUCAUCACAUCGUCCCACACCGCAACUCCAGACUCGGCGCCACUGUGAGCCCAGUUGGGGUGACGGGCCCAGGUGGAGUGGGGAUCAAACACCGCAUGAAAGAGCAAGAGGAGUACAUCAGGGACUGGACAGCACACAGCGAGGAGAUAGCCAGGUUAUUCCCCUGUGUGCGCAGGAUCAGCCAGGACCUGGCUAAGGACUUGGCCAUCUUGGCUCGUGAAAUCCACGAUGUUGCCGGCGAGAUUGACUCAGUCAGCUCAUCCGGCACAGCACCCAGCACCACAGUCAGCACCGCUGCCACCACUCCAGGAUCGGCCAUUGACACUCGGGAAGAGGUAGGCCCUGCACGUCCUACGCAGCCGGAUAUACAGGACAGCAUGAAAAAGUUGGUUGAUCGGGUGUUUGAUGAGAGCCUCAACUUCAGGAAGAUCCCACCUGUGAUUUCAACUAGUAAGCCACCAGAGAUAAACGGUAAACCAGCAGAGCUCCGGCCCCGUGCUCCUGACAACUUGGAGCCUCGAGCUUUAAGAAGACGCACCUGGAAUAGAGAGGAGGCCGUGUUAGACAGCCUGCUGCUCCAUUCAGUUUCCCAGCUGUCCACCAAGAUCAGGCACUCCAUUGACAAAACAGCAGGAAAAAUAAGGAUUUUGUUUAAGGAUAAGGACAGAAACUGGGAUGAAAUUGAGAGUAAACUAAGAUCAGAGAGUGAAGUACCACUCCUUAAAACUUCCAACAAGGAAAUUUCUGGUAUUCUGCUUGAACUGAAGAGAGUCGAAAAGCAGCUUCAAGUGAUCAAUGUGAUGGUAGACCCAGAUGGGACUCUGGAUGCCUUGGCCAGCCUCAGCCUGACCAGCCCCACAACCCCUACAAAGCCCCAAGCCACCAAAACAACUCCCCCCUCUGCUACCAGCCCUGGGUCGGCACCCCCAGCCAAAGAAUCACUGCCGGAGAUACUUCCAGGGUCUGGAGGUUCAGCAGCAGCCUGCGCCAGGGUUCAGACUUCUUCUGCCAGCACGGAGGAGAAAGCACGCGACACCAGCAUUGGUUUGGGUAAAUCGGCAGUCGGAGGUCUUAGCUUCAGCCGGAUCCGGCCGAGCGGAGAGGAGGCCAUCGCCCAGAAAUAAAGUUUGGUUUAUGUGAAUAAACAAAUGGAUUGGAGUGCCAGCGGCUGGUGAUCCAUGUAGAAACAUUCAAACUGUUUUGUUUGUUUAUUUGUUUAUGACAGAACAAUGGCCAUUCUGAGACUAUACCAGUCUAAGAUUAUAGCAUAAUAUAAAAAAAAAAAGAUCUCCUCACCAGAAUUGAAGUGCUUCAUCUGAUGUUUAGACUCCCCUCUCUGACCCUCAGCUGAUACAUCAUGAGUUAACCAUGAACAGAAAUUGACCCAUGAAUGAAAGACUGACAUUUCAACUUUGAACUGUUCAAGCUGGCCGGCUGACAUGGCGGUCCCGGUCGGGUGCUCUCUCAGUGGACAGAUUUCUGUGGGCGUACAGUCUCCUCCAGUCCUCUUGCCUUCUCCGUGUGUCUGGACCCCUUCUACACUAAGGACAUGCCUUAAAACAUAUCCUCCAUAGUAGCAGCAUGACCCCGUAUCCCUUCUACUUCAAAGACUUUUAACACUUUCAUGACAGACUGCAUUGUAACAUAACACUUGCAAAACAUGUUCUAUUUACACUAGAACAAAAUACAACACACUGCAAUAAUUUAUUAGCUCCACGCCAGUGCAAAGAAUAUUUCAGCAGCCUUAAAUAACCACCCCGACAAACCACAGUCAUAAAUAGACAUGCUUUAUGCCAGGAACUGCCAAAUUGCAGAUGUUUUAUAUAUUUCCGAAUUGUAACCGUCCAUCGAGCCGUCUCUCAAACUGAUUUGCAGUGCCUCCCCAUCUGUCGGUUCACCUAUUUCUUGUUCGCCUGUUAUGUUCCCCUCUGUCCUCCCCAUUUUUUCCUCCUUGUAGCUGGAAACAUGUUUGUCAGAGCAGUAGCACAUGCAUGAGAGAGCAGAGUGUUUUCUCCCUGCAAGCUAGCGCCUGGGUUGCUCUCAACAAUACUGAAUAGUGGUUUUACUCAGUAGUAACAGCCUAAGGGAAACCAAUGAUAAUCACUUACCAAAGCGAGUAUGUUUCCAAACGCUAAAAAGUCAUCAACUGAUAUUGCAGUUCAUCUUAACGUGAUCUGGUCUGCAGUUCACCCACCUCUCUGAAUGUCAAAACCCAGUCUCUGUUAGCAAAUCAAGAAUUCAAGAAGAUUAUUUAUUAUAACGAAUCAUUAUUUUAAUAAUUGCAAACAGAUAUUUCUGGCCCCUAUGAGAAUCUAUGCCUAAGUGUCUUUAUGAUUUCCAAUUGGCUUUUUCUCUGCUUUUUUUUUUCUUUCCAAGUCACAGAUUGACUUCUGUUUCAAGUAGCAACAAAGAAGGUCACUGUUUAAACCACUGUUUUAUAUUUAGACACUUUUUAUGAUUUGACUUGUUCGUUUUCUUUGUGCAUACAAAAUCUGAACUUGAAAAAAGCUGCUGGGUUAGUUUCAAUUAAUGUGCUGUCAAAAGAAUAUAGGCACCUCACAAGAAGCCUUUUUAUGGUUUAAAAUAUCAAGUCGUUGAAUUGAUUAGAUAAUUACAAAAUAAGCUCCCCGUCUGUGAAGAUUUAAUGAAUUUUGCUUGUGUAUAUACAGAAGGUGCAUUGUUAUCUUACUGAUACUGUGGAAUUUCAGUAUAAUUAACCUCUUACUCAUUGACAUUGCUGCUUUUGUAGUUAUUUUAUGGGGACUAACCAUUUUCUGAAUCUCUCUCCAGCUUAUAGUCUGUGUACUAGAGUAAGACAACUUAAAGGCAAGUGUAUUAGUACUUAGAUGCUCAUGGAAUAGUGAAUUAGGUACCACAAUACAUGUUCAUUUCCUUCUCUAUACCGUACUGUACAAUGUUUUUCAAUGCCUCAAAGUGCCCGUUUUGAAGCUGGGGGGGCAUUGAUUACAAGAAGAAAAAAAGACGUAGUCGUCUAAGGAAGAUUUAUCUGGUUUUGCACAUCAGAUUGUGGUGUGUUUUCAUGCAGAAGUAGUCAAAGGCUGCAUCAGAUGAGCGAUAUCACUUAGCCUGAUAUCAGACGUGACUGCCUUGCCUCUCUGGAACUAUUCUGCCUGUACAAAAAAAGAAGAAGAAGAAGAAGCCUCUAAUUGUGUUUUUAUUUUUUAUUUUCUCCCAUUUUAUCAGAAAAAAUAUAAAUUGGGGGACUGUGAAUGCUAGGUACAGGCUUAUUUUUUAAAACUCUACAUGUGUCAUCUGCUCAGUGGUCUUUGUAUUUUUUUUUCUUGUUAUUUUUGUAAAGAAAAAAAAACAUUUUAUUUAUUUUAUUUUUUUGGUUUUAAUAUGUUGUGGAUGUUUCAUGCAUUUUAUAUUUGUUCAGUUAUCUGCAUUGGUUCUUACUGUUAAUAAAAAAGAGCCAUACA